AUGACGGCCCCACUAUCAACGUUCAUGACGCAAUUGCUGGACGAGUCUAUAGUUCGUGAAGAAGGGGAGUCGACAAAAGCAACAGCAGCGCUCUACAGUUGCAGCACAGAAUCUACCAGUAGCGGUACGAUCCACCAAGAAUCGAGUACAGUGAUUGUGUCAGAUAGUAGCAUGGAGCAAGAGCAGCAACCGCAAGAGCAACAGUCGCAUCAUUCCAUGCCUCCCUUGUCUCCGGCGUCGUCCUCAGUGGCCGUGGCUCCUCUAACAAGCACAAGUACUUCUAACACAAGCAAGACAUCGAAUCAGAAGCGAACCGCACUUCGCCGAUGCCGUCAGAGUUUCCAUCAGUCAUUGCCUCCUCCUCCCAAGAAAUCUAGUUUGGUGCGCAGCAAAACAGAUCCUUCGAUUGUGUAUGGGAGUGAGUCUUCCUUGUCCACCACCGAACUGACAAAGGCACAAGCACGUAGUGUACAAACACAAACACAAACACAAACACAGACAGGUGUCGAGUUGAGUUCUUCCUUGACCAAUUUCAUGACGCAAUUGCUGCAAGAUUCCGAUCUUUCUUCGGCCUUUAAUCAACAACAACGACAAGAACAAGAAGAUGAGGGACUUUCCAAAGGAGCUGCCAAUGUCUUGGCCACCGCUGUCCACGUCAUGAAACAAGAACGACAGCAUUCCCUACAGUCCUGUUCUUGUGAUGACAACAACAACAAUACUACUACACAACAGCCAAAACAACGACGAUCCAGUGACGACUCUUCAUCAUCAUCCAUGAGGAGUUACCAAAAAGCCGCCAUGGCUUCGUGGGCACGUAUGGACGAUAUUCUCCUAAAACACAAUCAACAUCACAAUCAACAACAAAGCGAUCCUUACUCGCUCGUCAAGACCAUGGCACAAGUGGGAGGGAAUGCCGAUUUGACACGCUUGAAUUUUAUCAAUAAUAAUAACGUUAGCAAACAACAAUCGCUACUCGUCAAAUCCAAUUCCGACACAUCCUUAUCCUUGGCAUCCUUUCAACAACAACAACAACAAACGGCACUCCAAAAAUCAUCCUCUCAAUCUUUGUCACUGACUGGAUUACGACAAGAACUCAAAAAAUCUGCUUCCUUUGGAAAUUUGCGACACGCCAUGACACGCUUGAAAUCCAAUACGAAUUUAUUGGAAGCAGUCUCGGUCGAUUCUAGUUACUAUGAUGACAAUGAUGACGACGACACGGACGAGCGAGAGACAGAUCACGAAGCGAGCAAGACCGAUAUGGAUUCGUCGUCGGCACUGCAUCACUCGACAACUACAAAUGAUCCUACUAGUACAACAAUGAAAUCACCCAGCACUGUUACCAAAAAAAAAGACGACAAACAAAAGGCGAGACGGACACGAUCUAGGGAACAAAAGAAAAAGUCUUUGUCAUCCAAAAAACGAGCCAAAAGUGUCUCCCACAACAACAAAAAAUCAACUUCCAAACCUCCCGUGACGAAACGACCCACAUCCGUCGAUACGGCGACGGGCGGUCGUAGUAGUAGUAGUGGUGUCAGUCCCAGAACACGAUCUGCCUCCACCGGUAGAGGACGAACUCCCAGUGUACGACGACGACAGCAGCCUUCCAAAACGAGUAGUAGCAGCGACAACAACCACAAUAAUAACAAGAAAACCAAGAGAACUUCCAGCAAGAGCCACCAAAAACAACAUUCGUCGUCAUCAUCAAAAUCGAGAACGGCCACACGAAGUCCCAGUAUCAGUCGAAUACAACAACAACAACCCAUAGAAUCACAGCGCAGUCGCAGUCAUAGCAAAACACCCAAACGACGACGAUCCACGGCUGUACAUUCGAAAAUGGACGAAUCGUCGGGAAUGAGAGACAAGAGUCGGUCUAGACGAACCAGGGGGGCUGGGAUGGACGAAUCGUCCAAACGGGAUACGACGAGUAGCAUGAGGGAUCACAGUAUGGGACGAUCCAGUCGUCGGACGUCUACCACCAUGAGAACAACUACGGAUGUACCUUCCACACCACGGGUCAAGAGUCCCAGUACACGAAACAGUCGCAGAGCAUCCAGGACCACCAGCAACAACAACAACAACGAUGAAACAAUUACCAAAACACCCAGUGGACGCACUCAUAAACGAGCAUCGGUGGCGGCCAAUAAUAAAGCACGCAGUCCCAGUGCCACACGGACCCGACGGUACACCGAGUCACCACGGACACCCCGUACGCCCAAGACACCCAAAACACCCAGUGGAAGACGCAAGGAAAAACUCAGUGCCAGGAGCAAAUCCUUUGAUGGACCACAACCCGAUAAUAUCACGGCAACACCCAAAAGUCAACUGCGACGAGCCAAAACCGCCGAACCCAUUCCGGCCACCAGAACGCCAUCGUCCAGUCGCCGACGGAAUAGUAUUGCCAACAACAAUCACAACAAUGCACCACCACAAACACCCUUGUCGCGUCGUCGCAACAGUUUGACGGGAAGUAGUGUCGCCAUCACACCACGCAAUCAUCAUCCGCGCGGUAGUAGUACACCCCGUAUUACGCGUCGUGCGGGUGUGUCCAAACCACCGCGACGACAACAAAGUGAUCCAGCGCCACUACUCGUCCACGCGGGGGUUGCGUUGGCGGAAGAAGCUGCCGCGGCCGCCAAGGAAAUGGAACGACGGCGACUGCGAUCCAAAUCGGUGGGGCAACAACAACAACAACAACAACAACAAAGCAACAGCAAUGCAAAGACGAGUAGUAGUAGUAAUAGUACCGGGAGUUCCUAUCGUCGGGGAAUGCAAAAACGAAGCAACUUUCAAGCCCAACAGGUGUUGCGGCAAGCACUGAUUGAAGAGAUCAAAUCCAAAGAGGAGGAGACAACGACGACAAUAAGCACAGUCAAUAAAAAGCAGCUACUGACAGACGCACCUGUCGACGGUGUCAAGGAGGCGGCGUGGAUUUCCAGGAGAAAAUCUCGUUUGUUUCAUCAACAGACUCCUGGAUUUGAAGUGCCGGGAGUGCAGAGUUAA